AUGUUUUCACGAAGCAAAAAGCAGCAGCUUCCCUCGUAUAUUGAGGGAACGCAAGGUCUAUAUUUGAAGCGAGCGAGUCCACCUCCGGUUCCCUCACUUUCAUCUCAUACCCAUACACUUGCUAAAAAGACGACUAACACUGUUGAUGCUUCGGUGUCGAACAAUAAGGCCACCUACCCUUCGAAAACGUCAACUACUUCUCAGGCUGGCCAUUCUGAACAGCGCUCGCAGAAGGAUUCAGCGAUGAUGUACACGGAGAACUCGUCUGCGAGACCUCAUUCAGAUUCAGCGAUCAGUGUCACUUCGACGUAUUCUUUACCGCCCACGCAUGGAUAUUUAAUGGUGAAUCACAUGAAUACUGGAGAUGGACGAAAAAGUCCAAUGGGAGUUCAGCUAUCUUCGCAGAGUUUUAGUGAUCAAAGUAAACGAGAGCCUGUAAGAAAGCCAUUGGCAUCUUCACAUAGUAUUGGAAACGUUGAAUCUUUCAUGGAUCAGAUGAACCCAGAGCAGUCUACCUCAGUGCAACAACGGUUUGUAUCCUUACAAAGUCUACCUGGACAAGGACGACAGUUUGGAUCCUCGAUUAUUGGUAAACAUUGCUCUGACCUUAAAGCAGGAUUGGUUAAGCAUCGCUCGUUCUUUUCAGGUGAUAAUUGCUUGGUGUCUGGCACACCUCAGGAGGAUGAAUUACCUCUGCCUCCCAACUGGGCUGUAGAAGUGACUCCAGACGGCUACAGGUAUUAUGUUGAUCACAACACCUGUAGAACGCACUGGAUUCAUCCGUUAGCUAGAGAAAACCUACCACCUGGAUGGAACAAAAUUUUUCAGCCUAACACCGGUGUUAUAUACUAUAAUGAAAUGGAUGGAAGAUCUCAAGUGGAACAUCCUGGCCUUGCUCAACCACUGAAUCAGCCAAUAAGUCGCCCGAUCGUGCCAAUUAAUCGAACGGAAUCGAUGAUGGUAGCGAGUAGACGUGCAGAAAGCGCUGUUGAGCAUCUCAACAUAAUUCAUCAUGAAGGUACUUUGGUUUUUCGAAUAGUGCUGAAGACCCAUUCGAAUCUUUUUUACUAUUCAUCAAUCUUUCAUGUUCAGUGGGAUCUGUUCAACACUAUGCAAUUAGAGCACUACGAAGAAAUGAUGCUGAAGUUAUACAAGCAGGAAGUUAUUGACACGGUUCGGAGGUAUGAGCGUAUGCGGACCCUGCUGAACCGGGAAAUCGUUCGACGGACUCAGCCGCAUCCGCGCAAUGAAUGA